AUGAAACGCAAGGUGCAGGCUACGGCCCCAAAGGGCUCCGGCGAUACGCCAGCGCAACUGUCCGAUAUGUAUUGCACGCAAGAGAUCUCGAAGAUUCUUCAUAGCGUCACGUUGGAGGAAUUGACGAAGCUGGGACUCAAGGAGGAUGUCUUCGUGUCUUACACUCGUAUCGUACUUUACCUGCUCCUCUGCGGCAUUGGAGCGUACAGCGCCGCCUUCAUCACUGUGGAUAAGAACAAGCAGCACCUAAAAAUAGCUGUGGGUGAUGUUACGCGGCACGGCGUAUCGCCUACGCGUUACGGUGAGACCGAAUCACUCGUUGGGAAUAUGCACGUGCAGGACAACCUUAAGGUGUACAUUUGGUCCGGAGUUAAUUGGUACGAAGGCAUGUACGAUAUAAAGUACGCCUUCCCCAACAGCCCUAACGACAUCGCCACAUACCAAGUGCCCCUGAGCGAGACUUUCUUUGAGGACGGGAAGCUCGACGAAGAGUGGUACCACAACAGCAUGGUACGGUUGUCCGACGAGAUCAAAGCAGCGUCGAAGAAGGCGGCUUGA